UAAGAGGUCGGUCUACAGCUAGUACUCGGUUUUAAACUCUGCUUGCAUUUGAUCUGAAGUCUGAACCAAAACUCGUGCUAAUAAGUUUCGUUAUUAUUUGAAAAAUCUAACGAAUACAAGUAAUCGUUUACCUUUGAAGAUUAUGUUGAAAUGUGUCAUCACUCUUAAACCAUGGUAACACGAUAUUACUUCCAGGUCUGAGGACAACAGCCAUUCCAUUCUUAAGCAUUUAUAAGAAGUCUAUGAAGAUAUGGCUUCAACUUCGAAAGUUGACAAUUUCAAAAGGAAAGGACAGUCUCCUGAAGAGUCUAGUUGUAGAAAAAGACACCGGCUGAGCUUUGAAGAACAAGACAAUGAACCAUCAACAUGUGUGAUUUGCCUUCAGAUAAUUACGAACAAAUCUUUUGCCAACAAUUGCUUGCACACGUUCUGUUUUGAGUGUUUGCUCAAGUGGUCUGAAGAAAGAGCAGAAUGUCCAUUAUGUAAAGGACCUUUUACUGCAAUCAUCCACAAUGUAAAAUCUGAUCAAGAGUAUGAUGAGCACAUAAUUGAGUCAAUAGAUGAAGACAGAUAUUUGAAUUCCAUCGUUAAUCCCUUCAGUUCCAGCUCCAGUGAUUCAAGCUCCAGCGAUUCAAGCUCCAGUGAUUCAAGCUCCAGUGAUUCAAGCUCCAGCGAUUCAAGCUCCAGCGAUUCAAGCUCCAGCGAUUCAAGCUCCAGCGAUUCAAGCUCCAGCGAUUCAAGCACCAGCAGCUGCGAUUUAAAUGCUGUAACAGAUUUAUUCGUUGCCCUUCAUUACUUUAAGCGUCUUAGCCAAUAGCCUACUUCUCGUCAUCUGUCAAACUAACAAAAUCUCCUUUUAAUGGAUCAAUUUUCGAACAUGGUCUCCUGGUAAUAGAGAUGAACAAAAUU